AUGGCGAGCAGCGGCAGAAACUACGACCGCGGCGCUAGAUUUCAACGACUUCUUCGCCGCGACCCGAUGAGGACGGGAUACGUGCUCGUGUCGGAGGAGCGGGAGUCUGGAUCCGAGUAUUCGGGCUCGACGUGCUGCUGCUCGAGCUGUGCGUCAAGCUGCUCCAGCUCUGAAAGCAGCGAUGAUGAAGACGACGACGAUGAUGAUGCGUAUCUGAGCGAUUGCUCGGCUUGUUGGGCGAGACGAGAUGCGCUGCGAAGGGGUAGGGCUGGAUGGAGGGAGGGAGAUGAGGGGGGACACGGCGAAACCCGUCAGAGAGGAGGCCAGCAGGGCAACGGCAAUUCGUCUCGAAACAACAACGGUUCGCCCAACAUAAACACCAACACUACGGCAACGCCCGCGUAUCGCAACCUCACGGAGCGCAUCUUGGCGACUACACGACGGCUUCACCAGGAGGAAGAAAACCGCCGCCAUUUUCGAUCGUGGAUGCGCGUCCUGGAGGACGUCCAGCGGCGAUCACACACGUCGUACCGGAGCAAUAGUAACAGUAACGCUGCCCCUGGCGCUACUGUUGCGGCCGCUGCUGCUGCUGCUGCUGUUGGCCAGGGCUCGUCGUCUUCGGCAGCGGCAGUUGGGAGAGUUCCGCCUCGCGCGGGUGCGGGCGAAGAGGCACCGGUGAGAAGACGGACUACUCAUGUGUACUCGUAUCCUCCUCGCGCAGCAGCUCGCGGAUAUUUCAUGUCCGGGGGCCGAAGCAUUUCGAGCAACCGCCGAAGGAGACUGUGAGGAGUUGAUUGUUUUUGAAAUUAAAAAAACAGAAAGCCUCUACAUACAUAGUACGAGGUUAGUUUGUUGGGUAGCAUCAAUCAAUCAACCUGCAUUGAUGAGACAAUCGCGACCAACUAGUGACUGGCAAGAGCUGAACGAUUGGUUCGUCUGAUUGACCAGGGCAAAACCGCCGAGCCCAAAAGAAUUUUCUGCUGGCCUUCUUAUUCGUCCUUGUACGGGUGGAUUGGGAUGGAUGAUGAGUGAGCACUGACAGGUACGGAUGGAGUCUGCUGCUUUUAAUAGCUACUGCCUAAUGAG